UCCUCUCUCUCUCCACACUCUCUCUCACUUUCUCUUUUCUCUCUACACUUUCUCUCUCCUUCCAUCCUUGCCAGUUUUGGCAGUGCACUACUGGCAGUGAAUGAAAAGAGGUUGAGAGUUUUCAUCGGGAAGGUAAUAAGCUUUGCACACCACAGCAAGCCUCAAAGAUUCACACUCUCCCUUCUCUGCAAAUCUCUCUUUUUUCUAUCUAAACUUUCACACUCUUCUUUCUCACGAUCGAACAGGAGAGAUUAGAGAGUGUUUUAAUGCCUGUUGUUAAUGACCAGAAAGGUUAACACCCAUUUCCAAAGGAAAUAUCUGAACAGGCUUUCUCAGAACGCAUCCAUGAGGAAAACAUCUUCACAAAACUGACUCUCUCUUACACACACCCACACACAACUAUUUAGGAUUUUCUGUAAAAAGCCUGAAAAGAGUAAGCUUAAUUCCCGGGAGAAAAGGAUAGAGAGAUAGAGAGAGAUUGUUAUGGUUUAGGGUUAUAUAGCAAAAAUAAGGAGAUCAAAGAAAAGUUAUUGUAGAGAGAGAGAGAGAGAGAGAGAGAGAGAGAAUGGAGGGAGGUGGUGGUUCUAGUAGCACUUCAUGUUUGAUGGCUUUUGGAGACAAUAGUAAUGGACUAUGUCCAAUGAUGAUGAUGAUGCCUCAAGUGACUACUUCUCCCUCUCAUCACCCUAAUGUUGUAGUAGUAGACGACAACAACAACAAUACCCUAUUUCUCCCUCUUCCUCUCACCAACAACAACCAUCAUGACCUAAACCGCCAUGGUAGUACUACUGGCUCUUCUUAUAUGAUGCUCCAAGAUCACAACAACAACAAUCACAAUCUCACCACGAACACAGCCUGUUAUUUCAUGGAGAAUCAUAGCAACGAUCACAACGAUGGUGGUGGUUCUUGUUCGUCUUCUGUCAAGGAUAAGAUCAUGGCUCAUCCUCACUAUCACCGCCUCUUGGCUGCUUAUGUCAAUUGUCAGAAGAUCGGAGCACCGCCGGAAGUAGUGGCAAGACUGGAGGAAGCCUGCGCGUCUUCCUCCGCGGUCGGCCACACCGGCACGGGAUGUAUCGGCGAAGAUCCGGCAUUGGAUCAGUUCAUGGAGGCCUACUGUGAGAUGCUGAGCAAGUAUGAGCAAGAACUCUCAAAACCCUUCCAAGAAGCCAUGCUUUUCCUCUCAAGAAUUGAGUGCCAGUUCAAAGCCCUCACAAUUUCUUCCUCAGACUCUGCUUGUGGAGACAGUUUGGACAGAAAUGGAUCAUCUGAAGAAGAGGCUGAUGGGAAUAACAAUUUCAUCGAUCCUCAAGCAGAAGACAGGGAAUUGAAAGGUCAGCUUUUGCGGAGGUACAGCGGGUAUUUAGGCAGUCUGAAGCAGGAGUUCAUGAAGAAGAGAAAGAAAGGGAAGUUGCCUAAAGAGGCCCGGCAACAAUUGCUAGACUGGUGGAGUAGACAUUACAAGUGGCCAUACCCAUCGGAAUCGCAGAAGCUGGCACUUGCUGAAUCUACCGGCCUUGAUCAAAAGCAAAUAAACAACUGGUUCAUCAACCAAAGGAAACGGCACUGGAAGCCUUCGGAAGACAUGCAGUUUGUUGUCAUGGACGCUACGCAUCCCCACUAUUACAUGGACAAUGUUCUCGGUAAUCCCUUUCCCAUGGAUAUCUCGCCUACGCUCCUCUGAAGACUCUGAUGACGGUGGCUAUAUAUAUUGUUGAAUUCAACUGAAUUCUUGAUCAAACCAUUGUCAUUCAACGUUGAAUGAUGUCAAGUUAUGUUGUGUAAUAGUAGUAUCAAUGUAGAUGCAAUCUAAAUAUGAAUCUGAGACCAUUAAAUGCUAAAUUUCCCUUUUUUGUAUGGGUUUUUUGUUAUUGUUUUUGAGGUAAAUCUGGUUCUGAAUUUUCUUGCCGUUCAUUUUUGUAGUAGAAAAGUAUUUCAAUUUCAAAAACUAAUUUGUUGGUAAUAUAAUGAUUUCUUUAGUGUCAA